AUGGCGGAAGAUCAUCUCCCGCGGCACCCGGUGCAGCUAUUCAACUGGAGCUAUUCGGAUGCGAAAGUCAUGACUGAUCCAAAGAACGUCGCGAUGGCGACAUCAUUUAGGGAAAAAUCAUUAAACCGAUGGGAAAAGACUAAGAAAUUGCGAAUUGAUCCCGUGCUUCAUGAUCUCGAGCGAGUGAUGCGGAAGAACAAGUCGAAGCUCAGUUUGUCGAGCAGCUCGAGAAAUUUCAGCAGCUCCAUUGGCCCGGACACGCAGACGGCUUUUCGACAGUGGUCGCAGCAAUCUUGGUGCAUCCGACACCAAGUGCUGGUAAAUGAAGCCGCCCAAAUUGAUGAAUUGAAAGUUGUUAUGCAUGGAAAGGGAGACCGAGUAGAAGGCAGUCUUGCAGAAAAGUUGCUGAAACAAGGCAACGAAUCUUCCAUAAAUUCCGGCCUGAAUAACACAGGCUCAAAAUUUUUUAAACUUACUAGUAAGAAUACUCCAGAUGCAAAGGCGAGUGACAGCGUUUUACUGCUUAAGGAGCCUCACACCGCUUUUAGGAAUCGACUCGUGAAGUUUUAUACGAAGUACAACCCCACCAAGCUAAAUAGAAUCGACCAGAUGCUCGAGACGUACAGUGGUCGCGAAGAUGAGCUAUUUCAAAAGCUACAAGAACGUUAUGUAGCCGACGCUGGACUGAGUCUUUGCAAACGCAAAAAGAGGUUUAUCACGAAGGAAAGUGACCCUACUGUUUACAUGGAUAUCUCGAUCGCUGGAGCUCCAGUCGGCAGAAUCGUCAUGCGUCUUUUGAAGGAUGAAAUACCACUUGCUUCAGAGAACUUCCGUUGCCUUUGUACAGGGGAAAAGGGCGGGAUCCUUGGUUUAAAGGGCUGUAAAUUUCACCGCAUUAUUAAGAAUUUUAUGGUUCAAGGUGGAGACAUUACGAAGGGAGACGGUACGGGGGGACAAAGUAUUUAUUCUGGUACCUUGCAAGGGGAUAUCUGGGGAAACUUCAAGGAUGAAAAAUUCUUACCUCACGACGAUGUUGGGCUGCUGUCAAUGGCCAAUGUAGGCAAGAACACAAAUGGCUCACAGUUUUUUAUCACGACAAAAGCAGGACUUACGAAUUUGGAUGGAAAGCACGUGGUUUUCGGUGAGGUGAUUGAUGGACUAGAUGUUGUAAAUGCUAUGCAGAAUGUAAAGGUGUGCCCCAAAAAUAACUGCCCUCUUCCGGAGAAUGAAGUCGCGAUUGCUGAUUGCGGAGAAUUAAAAGCAAAUACUACGAUGUUGCUCUGCCAGCUUGGGUCCUUGGAGCUGUUGCAGCCGCGUCAUUGA